AUGGCGCCGGCGGAGUUGGAACUGUUUCAACUGGUGCCUCGCUCUUCUCAGUCCAAGUACUUCAGAGCCACUGCAGGUGAAGACCCGGAAGAUAAUAACAAUGGCGCCGGCGUCUCCGGUCUCUUUGAGUGCAGAAGGGAUUUGAACAACCAUGAUUGCUUUAACUGUGAGAAUUCCCUCCCGAAAACUAAGAAGCACGGAAACGCACAGCAGUGUGCGUUUCCACGAACCCGAAACGUUUCGGUUUCCGAAACGGCCCGAAACUGGUACGAAACGUUUCGGGCCGUUUCGACUGAUGAAUACUUUAGCAUUCAUGAGACUUCGAAAUUCGAGGUUCCUCACAAGGUUUGCGGCGAGAAGGCUGAAAAUAUCGGAUUCGAAGACUUGAAAGAUAAGGCCUUUGUGAAAUUGGAGAAUGUUAUAAUGGAUGGUAAAGGGUUUUACUCAGGAAGCCAUGAGCAUGUGCUUAUUGCUCGUCAAGAAUGUGGCAACAGAAUUUCCGUCCAAAUUCAUUUGUACAGACCAUUCACCACCAUUCACCACCAUCACGAGCUAACCUUACAGGAGGAUAAUUUUUACCACUACUGCCACGGUUACUGCAGCGGUUGCUUUGAAACCAUCGCCGACGGAUCUCCAGCUUACGUUUGUGAAACUUGCAGGUUUGGUCUUCACAAAUCAUGCUCAGAAUUGCCCACAGAAAUUUCGCAUCCUCUUCACCCUCAACACCCUUUGACCUUUCUUUCCCACCCGUAUCCUCCUCUCGUUUGUGUUCGAUGCAGAGAUUUGUACUGCAGCUUCGGUUUCAGUUGCAGCGCCUGCUCUUUCAAUCUUGACUUAAAAUGCGCCUUGUCAAAAAAUGACACUCUUUCCCAACAGGAAGUCCUGGAAAGAGAUAUAAAAGCCACCUUUAAACAUUUCUGCCACAAGCAUGAGCUAAAGCUUUGCAAUUUAUUAGGACGCUGUUUGAGUUGGCAUUGUUGCGAGUAUUGCAUUUCUGAUUCGGCGUCUUAUUGUCGUGAUUGCGAAUUCUUGAUUCAUGAAUCUUGUUUGGAGAUUCCUCAAUGUGUCGAACAACAUCCACUUCAUCCUGAACACCCACUUCGCUUUUGUGAUGUCAAUGAGGAUUUUAAAGAAAGGUAUAAACCCUGUGAUGCUUGUGGCUAUUUAAUUCAUGGAUUCAGCUUAAUGUGUGGAUCUUGCGAAUGUUUCUUUCAUGUUACAUGCGUUAAGGCAAUUGGACGCCCACUGAAUCAUAAUUGUCACAGCCAUAACAUGUUUUAUUUCAAGGAUGUGAAUGCGGAAACAUGGCUUUGCGACCGUUGUAAGCAUUAUUUAUCUGGGUCUUAUUAUGGCUGUGUGAUUUGUGGGAUCAGACUGCACCUCCAGUGUGUACCUAUACCCAAGAUUGUGGAGCAUAAAUGUCACUUGCAUCCUCUUGAACUUGUAGAUUCAGUAGUAGAAGAUGAUUAUUCAAGAGUGAAUAAUUGUGAUGUUUGUGAGACACCACGGGAUGCCAAGAAUUCUUUUUAUAAAUGUAAGAAAUGCGGCUUUGUUGCUCAUAUUGAAUGCAUCGUCUCAGAGGAUGACACUUCAUUGGAGAUACUGUCAUCCUUAAAUCGCGGGUUCGAAGAUAAAGCAGAGCAAUGCAAUGAUGAAAACAAGAAUAUUGAUGACACAGACGGAAACAGGAUUGUGGUGAUUGAAGGUAAGAUUGAUAAAACAGAAGAGUGAGGAAGUGCAGGAGGCAGAUGCAGAAGAGUAGCUUAAUGUGAUACAAAAGACUGUAGCCUAGCCGAAUUUGAGCUACUUGCUAAUUUAAAAUAAUAACAGAAGAUGUUUUGAUAAAGACGAAGGCAUUAGCUUCAGAAUUUGGGGCCGCAAGAAAAGAUGUUAUAUCAAGUUGAAUACCCUACUUGAUUCAGGGAAGAAGAUUCAUGACACGUCAAAUUACUUCAUGGUAGGUUACUAGUACUACCCAGGUCAGUGAACAAUGAUAAAUUUAUUUGCGAUUUCCUUAUGAGAACUUGGGAUCAAGCUUUCGAACUUUUUUUCCCUGCUCAACCUUCAAUACAUAUUCUUUUAAAAAAUUAUGGGAGCUGUCACUAGUUUAUAACCCAAAAAAGUAGAAUUCAUGGACAAGCAUAUGCACAAAUAAAUGAAACACAAAUUGUCCUGAUAGAUUGAUGUAUUUUGUUAUGCUACAGGUGAUCUCACUAAGAUAGGAAAAAUGGGAAGUGUUGCAGAAGAGAGCUUACUAACCUUAUUUUCUACUGUAUUCGAUUAAUUGAGCCUUUCACGUAGGCAUGAGUAGUUGGUGCAUAAAUUGUUCUUGUUGGAUGAGUAAUUUAUGAGAUAAGACUAUAUUGAUAGCCACUAUGGAAUGCUAGAAUCAAAUGACUCUCUUAAAUUGUCAACAAAAUUUUUUGAACACUUCUCCUUGAACACAAAUUUAGCCUAGAUCUUGUUCUCUUAACUUAGAUCAUGUUUGUUUAAUCUCUGGAUGACAAUUACCUGCAGAUUUCAAGCAGAUGUACAGCAAAUACAGAGUAGUGUAACAUUUGUAUUAAUGUUAAGGAUAACACAACUGUGGAUGAAGUGCAGGAGAUGUUGGAGUUAGUGUUCUUGAGCGAAUCUUCUCAACCAUAUAAAUUCAUGUAAAGUUGUCUUUAAACAUUCAAGUGACAUUUUUAUCUGUGAGUCACCAGAACGUGACAGACACCAAUUCGCCUAAUUUAAUAUACUAGCCACAUGUUGCCUUUUUAGGAGGGCAAUCAGUAUUAUAAUUGAUGGUUAUGAGACAGAGAUUUAUUGUUCGAGUGAAUUUUGAAUACGAAAGUCAUAUAAGGAGGAGAAAACAUAAUACCUAUA